AUGAAGCCAGCUCAGGGCCCAUCUGCACCAAUUAAUCCAGACACGGGGAGCAAGCCGACUAUCAAAGAUCCAGCGACUUCAGAAUACGGCCUCACAGGCCCAGUUCGCGAAAAGCCAAAAGCCCCUCCACCCCAAACUUCGGAGUCGAAGAUUGUUCGAUUGAAGCUCACAAAACCAAGGCCACCCAAACACAAACCCCAAGAAGUGGACUGGGAUGAAGAUCUUCGUCCUACCCCCAAUGAGAUAGUUGGGAAUAAAGGGACACAUGGAGGAACCUCCGUUGCCAAUACAGACCCGAAACGACCGAAGACAGUUGACAGAAAUAAAGAUAGCAAGCGAGCAAUGCCAUCAAAGCCCCAAAUGACCUCGGCCAAACGCAGGAAACCGAACACAAGGAAAAGCACCACUACCAAAGAGAGCAGCACAGGAGGGCCACAAUUGCCAUUGAUAACGCUUGCCGCGAGCACUUUGCCUCCUGCAGCUCCUCUGGGUAAUACUGGGCCUUCUGAUAUGGGUCCAUUGGAUGGGCAAAGCAAAGAUUCUGCCACGAAGCGCAAUGGACAUGUGCCCGAAGCUUCACAACAGCCUUUGCUACCGACAGAUGGCCAUAGCAAGCAUGGAAACAAUAGCAAGGGUAGUGUGAUCGUCGAGAUAAGAAGCUGCACAUCGGUGACAACUGAUUCAUCCUCAGAUUUCGAAGAUUGUGGCGAAGGUCCGUCUCGUACUUCAAAAGUCAGCAUCCUAGAGCAUCGGGCACAGUCCAAUAUACAAGCAAAUAGAGGUAGACCUGUUCAGGUGAUGCCCAAGGUAUCCUCAAGUUCCGACAUCGAUCUCAAAGAACAGUCUCACACAACCACUUCAAAAGUCACCAUCCUAGAGUCAAGGGCACUUACAAAGGGACAAAGCAGCCAGGAUAAGACGAUUCUCAAAAAGAAUCAUCCCAAACAUCGUGGCAGAGCAGAGAGUGUUGGCAACAAGUUGAUGCUUGCACUCCACGGAGCAGAGCCCUCUCAGCGCGAACCAGUCAAUGAUCAAACUGCACCUCUCAUUAUCUCAUCUGAUCCAGUGCAACCCGAUGAAUCUUCCGAAAAGCAGCAGUCCGACCAAAUGCCAGCUGAGACAGUGCUGGAACCCCCGAACAUUGAAAGCGUGCUGGACAGAACAAUUCCAGUUGAAAUGCACCACAACCAAACCGAGCCUAAGACUGUCAAUCCAGCAUUGAUUGCCAAAACACUUCCGCCCAACGAAGAGCAGAUAGAACAGGCAGAUGAUGCAAGCUUCUGGAAGCUUCUGGGUGAUGACAGGUUGUCAACUCCAGCGAGAUCUUCAGAACUUGAGACUGGCAGAGGUUUGCUGGGUGACGGCCCUUCAAUCCUUGAUUACCACAUGGAAAUGGAACAUAUCCCCGGAUUUGCAACUUUGCAACCCAUGAGAUCUGCACCGACCACCUCUUCACACGCCACUAACAUCUGCGAAAGCCAGGCAGAUAGCUCGUCUGAGCCUUCAAAUGUAGGAAAAUUUGAUGAUGUCACAGCAGGACAGAUCGAGGGACAUAGAUCUGGCCAUACUCCGGAGUCUCAAAAGCCCCUUCUCACCAAUAAAUCCCUAAUGGAACCGACUUCCGCAUCCCCCGAGCCCCCAAAAUCUGUUCCAAAGACCAGUAUUGUUGAUAGUAACGGUAGCCCUCGACUUAUGCCUCAGUUAGCUAAGAGCAUGUUUGUGCCUCAGCUUGACCUGGAUGGCGAAAAGGGCGACGAAGAGACAACCAGUGUCACUGAUACCAGUCCAAGUGAAUAUGAUCGAGACUCAUGCAGUAUUUCCACCGAGAGUAAAUAUGAGGGGCUCAUGUGGACCAAGUUCCAGAGAGACAUGUUCCUGGAAUAUGGGAUUCAAAUGGAAAAACUGGAGAGGUCUCACCCAUGGCCGCCGCCCAAAAGGCACUACCAAUCGUGUUCUCCGGAGGACAUUGCUGACGAGGCCAAAUCCGAGAAAGUAUCCACGGUUGGGCCGAGUUCUUCACAGAGAACGCUCGACGAGAGAGCAUUAGGUGAUGCUCCUUCAAAGGAUCAUGGGUACCUUGACCAAUCAUUCCGGACAGAUCUAUCGGCGUCAACACAGCCAGCUGCUAAGUCUCACCAAUUCUCUACGGUGGGAGAUAAGGAUGAUAUGGAAUGGAUAUUAACUUUGCAAGUGGCGCAGAAGGAUGCACACCGUCUGCUUCAACAAACCAAUUCGCAUUUGUCAACCCAGCUGGCGGCGGAAAAGGCCACCAUCAACCGAGUCCUGGAGAUCUACCGAGAGGGGUGUAGUCGGAUCCUUGAUGACCUGUUCCAGGCGCAAGAAGCACGAAUGCAACUAUACCGACAGCAAAUGCAAUCUGUCAAGGAACAGCAUGCAGAUAUAUGCCAAGACCUGAUUCGUGGACUGCAGGAGCUGGACCGCCGAGUGCAACAAGGACCUUGCUGA